UCCAGUGGUCCAAUAUCUACUCUCGAUUCUUUUACUCUUCGUAUAUUUGGAAAAAAAAAUCUUUUGGUAUCCUCUUUUAUACUAUUGACUAGCUUAACCUUCAUAUUUCAUCUUUUCUCUCCUCGUUGCUUUUUUAGUUGCCUUCUGUUCAAUUUUAAAGGCUUCCCUAACAUAGAUAGAUAGAUAUACUUUAUUAAUCCCGAGGGAAAUUUGGUUUCAUUACAGCCGCACCAACCAAGAAUAGAGCGUAAAUAUAGCAAUACAAAAACCACGAACAAUUAAACAGCAAAAUGCAAACUAUGCCGGAUGGAAAAUAAGUCCAGGACCAGUCUAUUGGCUCAGGGUGUCUGACCCUCCACGGGAGGAGGUGCACGUUCGAUGGCCACGGGCAGGAACGACCUCCCGUGCUGCCAAGUGUUGUAUCAUGGUGGAAUGUGGCCGAAGUCUAACAGUAAGAAGUUCAGUAUCCAGUCUGCAAACACGUUCCUCGAUCGUAAUAUGACCCGGAUUGCACCAUCUGUUGUUAACCAGAUCAGUAAGCACCCAACUCCUUUACGCUUACCGCUCUCAGUGCACUUCCGGUCAGCCGGAACGGUAUUACCCACCAAACUCCUCUUCUCCAUAAGUCUCUGUUGUCUCGACCCAGUCCGCUUUCCUCAACUUUGUGAUCCCCCUCUGCAUCCUCUGUGUGCUUUCCUCCGGAUUUCAGCAGGGGUGUCCGCCGCUCUGCUCGCUAAAAUGGCUGGCAUUAGCUGGAAUACACAGUGCGACCUUGCUUCUGUCCCACGUGUCGGGAUGUAACCAUUUCCAGCGCUAAAGAGAAACCCAAAUAAAACUCUCUACCAGCAUGUUAGAGAGGGUGCAGCUUCGAUGUGUUACCGUGAGAAAAAAAUACAAAAAAUAACGUAAGUUAAAAAGUAAGAAGAAGAAAGUAAAAAUAGAUGGGAACGGCUGUACCAGGCUGCAUGCACGACCGGCGCAUGCACACAAAUAAUUGACCUCUAACUUCUCACUAACUUUUGCUAUAUUAUAUGCUUUUAUUUGUUGUCCUUUGCUUUUAUGCUGUCUUUGAAUUCCCUUGUCAGCCAAGGUUGUCACAUCCUCCCUUUAGAAUACUUUUUAAAUGCUGACUCUAUUGAGACUCAAACCCACACCUUUGAAUUACUUGAUCACUCAUCAGUAGAAGUCCAACACGCUAGCCAUUACACCAGAGCUCACCAGUCAGGGUGAGGUAGACAGAGAGGUUGGAGUUCAAUUUAGAACUAUUGUUUCUCUUCUUAUAAAAACUGGCUAAUUUUCACUGAAAGUAGUCAUUGGUAGUCCGUAAGCUACCAUCUCCCAAACAACUGCAUCACUAGUUAGAACUGGUUGACCAAAGUCAGCUGAUUCAGAACCUGCCAUAUGUGGAAACAAGUCUGUGGGAUUUGAAAGGUCAGUCUGUUGUGCAGUAUCCAUCCAGUGCUCGGUUAAGGAAAUAUGCAUUUUGGCGAAGGUGUAAUUUGAUUUCUAAAGAACAUAGAACAAUGCCCAUAAUGUUGUGUCAACCUUUUAACCUGCUCCCAAGAUCAAUUUAAUGCUUCCCUCCUGCUUAGCCCUCCAUUUUUCUUUCAUCCAUGUGCUUAAGAGUCUGCUAAAUGUCUUCAAUGUAUCUGCCUCUGCCACCAACCCUGGCAAUACGUUUCACACAGCCACCACUUCCUGUGUUUAAAAAAGAAAUUACCUCUGGCAUCCCUCUGAUAUUUUCAUCCAAUCAUCUUAAAAUUAUGCUUGAUUGUAUUAGCCAAUUCCACCCUAGGAAAAAGGCUCUGGCUGGCCACACUGUCAACGCCUCAUCUCUAUCAAGUCACCUCUCAUGCUCCUCUGCUCCAAAGAGAAACACUCUAACUCACUCAACCUUUCCUCAGAAGACAUGCACCCUAAUCCAGGCAGCAUCCUGGUAAAUCUCCUAAGUACCCUCACUAAAGCUUCCACUUCCUUCCCAGAAUGAAGUGGCCAGAACUGAACACAAUACUCUUAAGUGUGGUCUAACCAGAGCUUUAUAGAGCUGCAAUCAAAAUAAGAGAAACAUUUAAAUUAAUCAAAUGAAGAUGGAUGAUGUGUUGCUACAGUAGUAUGUGGGAGCUGAUGGAAACCACUGUCAUCCACGGUGACAACAUCUAUGUGAAAGAGCUUGCUGCUCAUGGAACGUUUGCUGAGAGUUGAUGAGCUGGAGCCUGAGAUUUGGAGACUGCAAUGCAUCACGGGAGAGGAAAUUUACCUAAACACUUUGUAUAGAAAAUAGCAGUUCUAAAGAGGGGGUGGUAUAGAUUGCAGUUGUUCCAGUUUUAGAAACGAUGGAAAUUCAAGACUCUUACUGCACAUUCCCAAGCUCACAAAUAUCAGAAGAGGAUCCCCUAAUUUCAAAGCCAUUGGUUAGGAGCCAUUUCCGCAAGCCACCUCCAGAUACCUUCAAUGCUGUAUAUGGGAUUUUUUUCAUCCUUGGUAUUGGCUCACUACUGCCUUGGAAUUUCUUCUGCACUGCCAAGCAUUAUUGGUUGUAUAAACUGGGCAAUGGCACAGAUUCUCACCAGCAGAAUGACCUCAGCAGUUACUUCGAAAGUUAUCUUUCGAUUGCAUCAACCGUACCUGCUAUACUGUUCCUGAUCGUCAACUACCUCCUGGUGGACAAAAUUUCUGCUAAAGUUCGAGUGCUGUCAUCACUGUUCGUCAUGCUUGUUAUAUUCUGUGUCACCACAGUUCUGGUCAAAGUGGACACCUCUACAUGGACUUAUGGGUUCUUUGGUCUGACUAUGAGCUGUGUGGCCAUUGUCAGUGGAGCUUCAAAUGUGCUUCUGGGAAGCGUGUUUGGAGAGGUUGGAAGAUUUCCCAUGAGAAAUGCCCAGGCUUUGAUUUCAGGGCAAGCCAUGGGUGGAACAAUUAGUGCAGUUGCUUCAAUAGUUGACCUGGCUGCUGCUGGUUCUAUUUUGGACAGUGCACUAGCCUAUUUUAUUACUGCGGAUAUCUUCCUUGUGAUCUGCAUCAUCAUCUACUUGCUACUGCCUACCAUCCCAUAUUCCAACUACUAUCUGAAGAAUCUGAAUGAAAGAAUGCAACAUCCCGGAGAUGAAAAUGGCAGCAUACAGAGCAGUGAAACCAACUCGUUUGAAGGGUCGGUCAGGAGUGACUCCCUGUCCAGUGAUGCCUCUGUGGCUUCUCAACUGGGACUAAUCCUCAGAAAGACUGCAGCCCUGGGCUUCAGUGUGUUUUACACCUUUUUCAUUUCCAUUAUUAUUUUCCCAUCCCUCUCUUCCAAUAUCAAGUCAGUCUCAAAGAAAUCAAACAGCGUAUGGACCACCAAAUACUUUGUACCUCUGAUCAGCUUCCUCUUAUAUAACUUCGCAGACUGGACUGGUCGACAAGUAACUGCCUGGAUCCAAAUCCCUGGACCAAAGAGUAAAUUUCUUCCCAUCCUGGUGGUGUUGCGAACAUUGCUCCUGCCUUUGUUUAUACUCUGUAAUUACCAGCCCCGAGACCACUUACACAUGGUAUUGUUUGCUCAGGAUUUUUAUCCAGCUAUCUUCAUCUCAAUUUUAGGCUUCACCAAUGGCUACUUGGGAACUCUGCCAAUGAUUUAUGGACCAAAGAUUGUGUCAAAAGAAUUAUCUGAGCAUUCUGGAAUUGUGAUGUCCUUUUUCCUUUCUUUGGGUCUAGCUGUUGGUUCUGCCUUCUCUGUUCUUGUUGUUCAUCUGAUUUAGCAGAAGACUUUGAAAUUGCUAACUAAGUGCCAAAUUAAUUGGGUUGAGGCCACACCAAGAUUGGAAUUUCAUCUUUUUUGGACAGGUAGUUGUAACUACUGAUGAACUGAAUGAAAAGACUUGUUUUUUUGAAAGUGCCUUUAAUACCCUGUCCAGGAUCUCCUGAACUGUUUUAAGGCAAUGAACUAUACUUGAAAUAUAAUUAUUGUUGUAACAUGAGGAAAUGUGACAAGUCAUUUUCACACAAGAAUCUCAUCCAAACAGUAAAGUGUUUCUGACCAGUUAAUCUACUCUGGUGAUAAAUUAAGGAUAAGUAUUGGCCAGGACUAUGGGAAGAAAUGCCCUGAUCUUCUUCAAGAAUCAAGAUUUUCUAUUGUCGUUCUUCAGUACAUGAGUGUAAAGGAGAACAAAAUGAAUAUUACUCCAAAUCUGAUGCAGCAUUAAAGAAAACACAAAAAGCAUAAACACCACAGUGAAUAUAAAGGUAAUCCUAUAAGACACAAUGUACAAGUAUAUGUAAGUUCUGCAUUCACUUGAAAGCAAACAGGUCUUCUGUUUAAUGUCAAAUCAGAAUCAGCACAUUCAAGAGUUCUCAGUCCUUCAUUACCACACUAACACAGUAGUCUGGGAUUUUGUGCUCGACUACUUGGAUUAAGGCUUAGACCCCUGACCUUCUGAUUCACAAGCAACAGUGUUUACUCAUUAAACAACGGCUGAUUUUUGUAUUAUUUGGUGGUUUUCACCCUAAUGAUCAAAUUGUCUUCACUUUGAACAACCCUGGAUCAACUUUGACGUAGAAUCUAUGCAACCCAAGUGAGAGAAUAGAACAGAAUUUAUUUAAAUCUUACAUCCAUCCCACAAUGUGAGGGGGUGAAAACUUUUGAGUUGUGACUCCAUCGCAAUGUACAGACAUGUGAAUUUAAAAGUCUAAUGGCUUGCAGCAAGAAGCUCUCCCAUAGCCUGUUGGCCCUGGCUUUAAUGCUGCGGUACCCCUUGCCAGAUGGAAGCAACUGAAACAGUUUAUGGUUGGGGUGACCGGUCUCCCCGAUGAUCUUCCAGGCCUUCUUUACGCACCUGCUUCUGUAAAUGCCCACGCCCCCAGUGGAGGGAAGUUCACGUUCACAAAUGCGCUGGGCUGUCCAUACCACUCUCUGCAGUGCCCGUACCAGGCGGUUAUGCAUGUGCAGACUUCAGAGCAGUCCUUCAGGUGAGGCAACACUUCAUCUGCAAAUUUGCUGGGGUUGCCUAUUGUGUCGGGCGCUCUCAAUGCGGUCUCUAUAUUGGUGAGACCCAUUGUAAGUUGGGGAACCACUUUAUCUAGUCCCUCCGCACCAUCUGCCACAAGUGGGACUUCCCAGUGGCCAAACAUUUUUAAUUCCCAUUCCAACAUGUCAAUCCAUGGCCUCCUCUUGUGCCAAGAUGAGACCACUCUUGUAUUCCAUUUGGGUACCCUCUGAAUUGAUUGUAUAAAUAUCGAUUUCUCCUUCUGGUGAACAAAAUUUCCCUCCCCCUCCUCUAUACCCCACUCUGACCUAUCUGCCUAUUAUUUCACCCUACGUCCCUUCCUCCUUCCCAUUCUCCUAUUGUCCACUCUCCUCUCCUGUCAGAUUCUUUCUUGUCCAGCCGUUGACCGUCCCCACUAACCUGGCUUCACCUAUCACCUUCCAGUUAGCUCCUUUCCCCUUCCCCCUAACUUUUAAUUCGGCAUCUCCUCCCCUUCCCUUUUAGUCCUGAUGAAGGGUCUUGGCCGGAAACGUCGACUGUUUACUCUUGUCCAUAGAUGUUACCUGACCUGCUGAGUUCCUCCAGCAUUUUGUGUGUGAAGCUUCAGAUUUAUCUUGGUUAAAUAAGAACUUGCAUUGGUUCUGAAUGUUCUUUUGGCCCAACUAUCCUGGUACACGACCGCCCUUCGCCACCAUUUCAGUGGGGAAGGUGGCUGAAGUAAUUUUGGGUGGAACAGAAAGGUGAGAUCUAGAUAAAAUACACCCAUUGCUGCCUGUAGUAAAAAUAAAUAGACUUCCAUCCCACAACCAUGAACUAAGUUUGUUUCAAAGGACUUCCAUACACUGUUUUAAAUGCUCUGGGGUACCUAACUACACAUCAGUUUUCUAUAGUCAAUAUGCCUUGAUCCCGUAGUGUGAUACAAUGAAACAAAUGCCACUUAAUGUUUAUAUUUUAACUGCAUUGUUUACUGUUACAACAUAAAAGGAUCUUUUGUCAAAUGAUACUCAUACUCAAAUAGAUUCCCUUUUUAAAAGGGACAAGUUUUUAUUGAAAUAUUUUAGAUACUUUAGAAGAAAAGUAUUCUGCAAAACAACGUAUUUUCUAUUUUCAACCUUAGGUCAUUACAAAUUACCUAUUUUUGCACACAGUGGUUUGAGAGUUGAUUAGAAAGUUGUGAAAAUAAUUAAAACUGUUUUAUUAUGUCAAUUUUAUCAGUUUGCAUUGUGUAAAUCAACACAAAAGCAUUACUGAAACUUCAUGGAGAUAGCUGGGAAAUAAAAAUGUGGAUCUAUUUUUAACCUCAACUGAAGUUGGAGAUGUUUUUGUAUCCUUAUGUGAAGAUUAAUUAGAAAGUCAUUGAGAAUUUCAAACCCAUCCAUUGGGGCACGGUAAGCCCACCUGUGUUCGAGGUGAUGAAGGAGCAGAGUCUGGAUUGACAGGAGGACAGCUUUCUUCACAUGCACUGUGAACCAUUUAGAAUGGAAGGUUGGCAGUGGGGAAACACCCAGCAUAUUAUUAGGUAGUGUGAUGAGAUAUUGUAAUUUUUUUUUUAAUGGCUGUAUCAGGUAAGAUGGAAUUGUGUUCAGUGAUUUUGCACAAUACAAUAUUUACAUCAACUCAACUGAUGAAUCCUUCACCCUUACCAUAAUUACCUGUGGACAUCUAUUCCAGUGCACUGCUGGCUGGCUGCUCUCAUUCCAAUAACACUGAGGUAAUUUAGAACUUGAUCCAUGUCCUAACUCACAUUAAGUUCCUUCAUCCGUCAUCCCUGUGCUUGAAAACUAGCAACAACUCCCAGUUAAGCAGAAUUUCUCAUCCUUAUUUUCAAAUCCAUCUACUACCAGCUCCAUGAUCCUCGCUCUUCUCAGAAUGAUUAUGCCUUCAGCCAAGGCAUGAAAUUCCCUCUCUGCCCCCUAUCUUCCCCUCCCUCCUUCCUCAAAGAGGCAUCUUAACCUUUCCCUGAUUGACCACCCUUUUGCUCAUUUGCAUUUAUCUUUGUCAUACAGAGCAAAGUGUAUUUGCUGAUGUUGUUUUGAAACACCUGAUGUAUUAUACU